GAGGGGUGGCUCUGGGAAAGUCCUAGGGGUGGGGGCUGUCUCCAUAGUCUCCACAAGGGAGUUACCACCUUCCCCCACCUCUGGGUAAAAGUCUUCCGCUCUGGCUGUAUUCCACAGUUAGAACUUCAUACCUUUGGCUUAGAGCUGAAUUUUCUGUUACCAUGUGGAUGCUCCAGGUGGAGGGCCCCACUCCUGCUUAAAAACACCAUGCAUGCAGACUGCUGCUGGGAGCGUGACAGUUGGCUGUUGGAGAGAAGGGGGCACUGGCAUUGACAGACCUCCAGACUGGACAUGGCCCUGAGUCCAGGGGCUAACCUGGUCUUCCAUGAAGACCCAAAGAUGACACCAAGUCUCCCCUCCUGUGGGACCCCAGGAUUAGGGUCUGGUACCAUCCCUCGGUCCCACCCAGACACGGCUCAUGUGCCUAUGUUGAAUCUGCUCCCAAGUCCUGGCUUGGCUCUCGUUCCAGAUCUUAAUGCUUCUUUGAGUCCAGUCUCAGGGGAGGCCUCAGGCCUGUGGUCUGAAAACACCCCCAGACCUGAUGACAGCAGGGCCAUCGCUCCAGCCUCCCUCCAGAUCACCAGUUCUUGUUCUGGUGAAGCCCUGGACCUGGAUUCCAAGGAUGUCUCAAGGCCUGACUCACAGGGGCUCCUCUGUCCAGCCUCAAACCCCAUUCUGAGCCCUAGCUCUACUGAGGCCCCUGCUCUGAGCUCCGGGAACCAACCUCAGUCAAAUUCUGAAGAUGGCUUCAAAUGCCUCUCAAGUAAGAUUUUUGAGUUGGGUCAGAGAAACUCCAACCCUUCUAGGCAUGAAUUAAACCCAUUUAUAAGGCACCAUUCCAGAGAAGGUCUGGUUCUGGGCCACUGCAUCACUAGGCCAAGCUCAAAAGCACUCCUUAUUCCAGCCUCAAACUCUUUUCUGGACCUUGACUCCAAUCCAUUGCUCAACAUGGACUCAAGAAACACCUCCAAGCUGAACCUGAAUGUAGCUCCAGAUUCUCGUGGGACCCUAAUCCCAGACACAAACGAGACCAUCACUUUGGCUUCACAUAACAUCUCUGAGUCUGUUUCAAAAGGAGCCUUUAGUACCACCUGGAGCACAAGUUCAAAGGAAACCAUGAAUGUGGCUUCCAAUGGCCACCCCAGAUCUGAUUUGGACGUAACCAUCACUCAAGCCUCAUAUGUGACCCUGAUUCCUGGCUCCAGCGAUGGUAUGAGCCUGCACUCCAGCACCCAUGGGCCCAACUCCACCAUCUCUCCACCCUCAUGCAUGACUCUAAUCCUGGGUUCCAAUGAGACUCUGAGCCUGGACUCCAGCCUCCUGUUCAGCGACACCUCCACUUUGACACUGAGCAGUCAGCAGGAUGAUGCCAAGGACAGCAGCAUCCACACUGUGCCCCUGGAGGAGAAUCUGGAGAGUUGGAAUGAGAUGGCCAGCAUUAAGGUGGGCCAGUUCCCGCUGGGAUUCCCCACCUCCAACCCCGCAGGCAAGGACGCCGUGACCUUGCAAGGCAUCCCUGAGGGAGCCUUUGAUGAAGUGACCUCAUGCCUGGUGAAGGUGCCAGAGAAGACAGAAGGUGGCAACAACAUGGCUCUGGUUGAGAAUGUCGCCACCCUUCAGAAGAGUCAGGAUCUGCUGGAGGCAGGAGAAAAGAAGACCAUGAUAAAGAAGAUUAUGAGGCAGAUCCAGGAGGAGCCACUGGAUUCUCUCUCAAGCUCCGUCCGCAAGCAGGCCAUGGAGAUCCUGACCCAGCUGAGCCACACCCAGCCCACCCUGGGCAUGCGGGAGAGGUCGGAGCUGAUGAACAUGUGUGUGCAGAGCGUGUUCUCCCUGCCCUCCGUGCAGGCGAUGCAGGAGAAGGACGAGGCCAAGGCGGAGACCAUCCAGACUCUUUACCAUCAGACGCUGGAGGCCCUGCAGACACUGCUCAAAGCCCUCUUUAUCGAGGACCCCACUGCUGCUGGGCUGAAGAGCAUCUUGGAGGCCCUGGGGCCUUGGAUGAACUCUGGGAAGGCCCAUGAGCGAGCACGGGCUGUGAACAGCAAUGUCUCUAUGUUGAACCACAUGCUUCUAACUCUGCCUUCAUUUAUGCCCUUGGGGUUCCCGGCGCUGGGGCUUCUGCUGGGGAGACUCAUCCUUCGCAUUGGGGAUCCUGAUGAGGAGAUUGGCCGUGAGGCUCUGGAUGGCAUCAUCAUCCUCUACACUAUCCUGGAGCUCCAAAAACGAGCCAGAGAUAAGGAAGAGACGAACAAGAAGGAGCUAUAUGAGAGCAACAAGCAUUUCCUGGGGCCCUACAACCCUGUGAGCCCGUGCCAGAACAUCCUGCGGUUGAUCGCGGAAUUUGGAGACUUCCUGGGGCCCCAGCAGAUAAAGGACCUGCUGCUGGCAGCCCUGGAAGGGCUGAAAGGCAGCUCAGAGGCUCCAGGGAAGGACUCCAGGGAGGUGAUGCAGCUGGCUUCGGAGGUCAUGCUCAGCUCGGUGCUGGAGUGGUACCGCCACAGGGCGCCGGAGGUGAUCCCAGAAAUCAUGCAGGGCAUCUACACGCAGCUGAGCCACAUCCAGGAGCCUCGGGCCCGCCAGGUGGCCCUGCUGCCCGUCUCCCUCCUGGCCAGCUCCUUCAUGACCGAGGUUGUGGUGGCCCUGCUCAUGUGCCCCCUCCCACUGAACAGCAAUGGAGCAGAGAUGUGGAGGCAGCUGAUGCUGUGCAAGCCCAGCUGUGACGUCCGAGACCUCCUGGAUCUGCUCCUGGGCAGCCUGAAGGAGAAGCCCGUCACCAGGGAGGGCCGGGCUUCCAUCGUGCCCCUGGCGGCAGCCAGCGGCCUGUGCGAGCUCCUGUCCGUCAACAGCUGCAUGGGCCGUGUGAGGCGCAUCUACCCCCAGCUGCUCCUGGCCCUGCUCAUUCAGGUCCAUUACCACAUCGGCCUCAACCUGCCUGGCUGCGUGGCUCCUCCCAAGGACACCAAGAAGGGCGCACAGCCCUCUCCCUUCGUACCUGUGCGCUGGGUGGUGAGAGUGGUGAAAACCCUGCUACUGAGGAUGGGCUGCUCUUGUGAGACCACCUUUCUGGAGGACCAGGGUGGCUGGGAGCUCAUGGAGCAGGCGGAGAGCCACCACCGCGGAGUGGCCCUGCUGGCAAGGGCCAUGGUGCAGUACUCCUGCCAGGAGCUGUGCCGCAUCCUCUACCUGCUCAUCCCGCUCCUGGAGCGAGGCGACGAGAAGCACAAGAUCACGGCCACGGCCUUCUUCGUGGAGCUCCUCCAGAUGGAGCAGGUGCGCCGGAUCCCCGAGGAAUACUCUCUGGGGCGGAUGGCAGAAGGCCUGAUCCACCACGACCCCAUCAUGAAGGUGCUCUCCAUUCGAGGCCUGGUCAUCCUGGCCCGCAGGACUGAGAAGACCGCCAAGGUGAAGGCCCUCCUGCCCUCCAUGGUGAAGGGCCUGAAGAACAUGGAUGGGAUGCUGGUGGUGGAAGCGGUCCACAACCUCAAGGCUGUCUUCAAGGGGCGGGACCGGAAGCUGAUGGACAGUGCGGUCUAUGUGGAGAUGCUGCAGAUCCUGCUGCCGCACUUCAGCGACGCACGAGAGGACGUGCGCUCCUCCUGCAUCAACCUGUAUGGGAAGGUGGUCCAGAAGCUUCGGGCACCACGCACUCAGGCCAUGGAGGAGCAGCUGGUCAGCACCUUGGUGCCCCUACUGCUGACCAUGCAGGAGGGCAACGCCAAGGUAAGCCAGAAAUGUGUGAAGACCCUGUUGCGCUGUUCUUACUUCAUGGCUUGGGAGUUGCCAAAAAGAGCUUAUAGCCGGAAGCCCUGGGACAGCCAGCAGCAGACGGUGGCCAAAAUUUGCAAGUGCCUUGUGAACACCCACCGAGACAGCGCCUUCAUAUUCCUCAGCCAGAGCCUGGAGUAUGCCAAGAACUCACGGGCCUCCCUCCGGAAGUGCUCAGUCAUGUUCAUAGGGUCCCUGGUCCCCUGCAUGGAGAGCAUAAUGACAGAAGAUCGUCUGAAUGAAGUGAAAGCAGCUCUGGAAAACUUGAGACAUGACCCAGAAGCAUCAGUGUGCAUCUGUGCGGCCCAGGUCCAGGACCACAUCCUGGCCAGCUGCUGGCAGAACUCCUGGCUGCCGCACGGGGACUCGUGGGUGUGUUACCCGGCCACCACGCACCGCUGGAGUCCCAGCUGUGAGAACCUGCCCACUUCCCACCAGCGGCGCUCCUGGAUCAUGCAGGCACUGGGCUCCUGGAAGAUGUCCUUGAAGCAGUGACGUCCCUGAGCCCCCAGCCCUCCUCAGGGUGGUUGAGCUCCAGCCAUGCUCCCUAUAAGUGUCAUGUGGCUUACCUCUCUAGCUUGAUUGUUUCCUCCUGGGACAUCCCCCAGAC